GUACACAACAAACAAAUGUCCACCAAAACCACUACCACCACCAACGGCGACACCCACCCAUCCACCGCCGAGUGCACGGUGGAGGAGGUGGCGUUAGUGGUGCCGGAGACCGACGACACCUCACUCCCAGUAAUGACAUUCCGAGCAUGGACACUGGGUGUGGGCUCAUGCAUUGUCUUAAUAUUCCUAAACACCUUUUUCAUAUACCGAACUCAACCGUUGACAAUAUCCGCAAUCUUGAUGCAAAUUGCGGUGCUGCCGAUCGGGAAGUUCAUGGCCGCCGUGUUGCCGACGAAGGAGUAUAAGUUGUUGGGCCGGAGUUUCAGUUUGAACCCGGGUCCGUUUAACAUGAAGGAGCAUGUGAUUAUUACGGUUUUUGCGAAUUGUGGUGUGUCUCCUGGUGGUGGUGAUGCCUACUCUAUUGGUGCUAUUACGGUUAUGAAAGCUUAUUAUAGGCUGAGCUUGAGCUUUUUGUGUGCUUUGAUCAUUGUUUUGACUACUCAGAUAUUGGGGUACGGAUGGGCAGGGAUGUUGAGAAGGUAUUUGGUUGUUCCAGUGGAGAUGUGGUGGCCUGCAAACCUUGCUCAGGUUUCUCUCUUUAGAGCAUUGCAUGAAAAGGAAAAUAAAGCACAAGGCAUGACAAGAAUGAGAUUUUUCAUGAUAUUCUUGGUUCUAAGUUUCGCCUACUAUGCACUUCCGGGCUAUCUUUUCCCAAUCUUGACUUUCUUCUCAUGGGUCUGUUGGGCUUGGCCACACAGCAUAACGGCCCAACAAAUCGGGUCGGGCUACAAUGGUCUAGGUGUGGGUGCAUUCACCCUUGACUGGGCCGGGAUUUCGGCUUACCACGGUAGCCCAUUAGUCACACCUUGGACUUCCAUUGUCAAUGUUGGAGUAGGCUUUAUUAUGUUCAUUUACAUAAUUGUUCCCAUUUGUUAUUGGAAAUACGACACUUUUGAUGCGCGAAAAUUCCCAAUUUUCUCCAAGAAGCUGUUUACACGAACCGGUCACAAGUAUGACACCACUCGAGUGUUGACCCCACAGUUUGACUUAAAUGUCGCGGCGUAUGAAAGUUAUAGCAAACUCUAUUUGAGCCCUUUGUUUGCACUUUCUAUCGGGUCAGGCUUCGCUAGGUUCACCGCGACCCUCACCCAUGUCGCCCUAUUUCAUGGCGGGGAUAUAUGGAAGCAAAGUAAAUCAGCGGUGCAGAACAUGAAAAUCGACAUUCAUGCGAAACUGAUGAAGAGUUAUAAACAAGUGCCACAAUGGUGGUACCUUGUGUUAUUGAUCGGGAGCAUCGUGUUGUCCCUGCUAAUGUGUUUCGUAUACAAGGAAGACGUGCAACUUCCAUGGUGGGGUUUUCUCUUGGCGUUUGCACUCGCUUUUAUCGUUACACUCCCCAUUGGUGUCAUUCAAGCUACCACCAACCAGGAACCAGGAUACGACAUCAUAGCCCAGUUCAUAUUUGGAUACAUUUUGCCCGGAAAGCCCAUUGCUAGCUUGUUGUUCAAGAUCUACGGGCGAAUCAGUACCGUACAUGCUCUUUCUUUCUUAUCCGAUCUUAAGCUCGGUCACUACAUGAAGAUCCCACCUCGGUGCAUGUUCACAGCACAGCUGGUUGGAACUCUAGUUGCCGGGAUAGUAAAUCUUACGGUGUCAUGGUGGAUGUUGGAGAAUAUCGAAAACUUAUGUGAUAUCGAGGGGCUUCAUCCCGAGAGUCCAUGGACAUGCCCCAAGUUCAAGGUGACGUUUGACGCUUCCGUUAUAUGGGGACUCAUCGGACCGGAAAGACUCUUUGGCCCGAACGGUUUGUACAGAAACCUCGUAUGGUUGUUUCUAAUCGGAGCAUUGUUACCGGUUCCGAUAUGGAUAAUGAGCAAGAUUUUCCCGGAAAAGAAAUGGAUUCCGUUGAUCAACAUACCCGUUAUAUCGUACGGUUUUGCUGGAAUGCCACCAGCAACACCGACGAAUAUAGCCAGCUGGCUUGUCACUGGAAUGAUCUUUAACUACUUUGUGUUUAAGUACCGGAAACAGUGGUGGCAGAAGUACAAUUAUGUCUUGUCGGCUGCGCUUGAUGCGGGGACCGCUUUCAUGGGGGUGUUGUUGUUCUUCGCGCUGCAAAACGAGGGUGUUGACUUGAAGUGGUGGGGGGCGAAGCCCGAUCACUGUCCUUUGGCGAAAUGCCCCACGGCUCCUGGAAUCAACGUCACGGGUUGCCCGAUUUUCUAGGCUCGGUAUCGGGUAGUAAAACAAGAUAGAAUAAGGGAAUACUGAGCUAACAAAUUGUUUAACUAGACUUUGAUUUGUUUGAAUGUCCAGAAUGAAUGCAGAUGAUUAUGUUUUGUUCGAUGUAUGAAUUUACGGAUCGAUGUGAUCGAGCUACAUAUACGUCCAGACUAGAGUGAUUUUCUUGUAAUUUAGAUUCCAUCAUACAGACAUUAAUUCUUGUAUGUGUGGUCAAUCAUAUAUGAAUAGAUAAUUUGUCCC